AUGGCUGAAGCCAACUCUAGCCUAAAGAGCGGAAUUAUUAGCAGCCCUGCUUCCACGAUUACCACCACUACUGGUACUAGUGCACCUAGUGCUUUCAGUACGUCAGGUUUCUUGACCAAAGUUACGACCACGGUAACCACAACCAGCGGACUCAGCUCAUCGGGCUUGGCUUCAGAAUCAUCUGCCCCCCCUCCAUCAACACAUCAUCCAAGUUUGCCACAUGCCUAUAGUCUAACUGGAUACAACAUGGCCCAUACCUCUGCUCCCCUCGCCAGCGCUGAAAUAGCCUCUUUCAGUCAAGUUUCUCCUUACCCUCUUGAGAGUCAUAUUGGCCCACAGUUCGGUCUUGUCGGGAGUUAUGCUAGCACUCGUUCAGCACUUUUUGGGCCCACAGAGAUAACUGAAACUGGUGGUUCAGGGUGUUCUAACAUGCAAGCGGUCGCAGGACCCCAGUCUCUGGGCUUCCCCUCUUCCACUUUUUCAAGCGCUCAAGGCUCUGCACCUUGUGUCUCUCCUGCAUUUUAUCCAUCUGUCUCGGCGGCCUUUAGCUUGGAGAGCUCGAUUCCCAACAGUUCCGACUUGAGUUUUGGCACUUCCAGACAACCUACUCCACUAUCCAGAACAGCCUCUCUUCAGCAGCCUCAACAACAAUAUUCUCUUGCAGGAAAACUCGCAUCCCGCGGCUCUUGCAGGGAAGGCACUACCAGUGGUUCUCUUGGUUUUGCCUCAAAUGCACCAAUUUCUUCAAUUACAGCAAGUAGUUUUUUCCCUAGUAGUAAUAGUAGUAUAAUGGAAAGCAAUGUUAGGCACAGCAGUCAAUCCUCCACCCCAUCCGCUGCUUCCACUUCCACCUAUUUGGGUAUAGGUGGCCAUUUGACGACUGCUAUAACAGCACCGAAUCCUUCUGUCGCCUCUUCAGCUUCUUCUGGUAUAUCGGCCAAUUCUAAUACUGCCUCACUGUCAUCAAUAAUCAGCUCGUCGGGGCGCCCGACAGUAGAAGAGUUAGAGACGUCUGUAAGUAGCAUAUGUUCAACUUCAUCCGCGCCAUCCACCACCUCGACACCUACUUCGGUUGUGUCGACCGGAGGAAGUGGAGUCAGUGCCUUGGCUAGCUUAAGCGGAACCGGAGUGGGGGGUGCCAUGGUAGGUGGAUUAAAGAAGUUUGUCACAACUGGCAGUCACCAUCUGCAACAACAAUGGCAGAGUAUCGCUGCUUCAACCUCCAGCUCAUUCACUGCACCAAAUGAGCCCAGCUCAUCUUCGCCAUCGUACACCGUGGCAAACUCAUGUGGCGUUGCCAACCCUCUUUGGACUGUCAGUUCUAGUGACACCGCUUCUCUCAGCCCAGGAUCAUCGUCAGUGCCUAGUCUUAUGGAGCCGAACAGUGCACUGUCUAGUCUGGUAAUAGGUCGGCGCAGACUCAAGUUGUCUACACAGCCUGGCUCAAAUCGCCCAUCUGAAUCUAGUCAGGCAGCUUUGGCCUCUUUGGCACCGAUCUCUCAACCCGUCAACCUCGAGCCCCGCCUUCUUGACCUUGAAGACUGCAACUUUAUUGAUACAGAUGCUGCAGGUUGGUUGAAUACUAGGAAAGAGAUAUAA